GCUUUGCUAAGGGGACAUGACUCGUAGCUUGAUUGGGGUUUCCUUAUGUUUUGAAAUUAAAAAAAUAAAUUUCAGAAGCCCUGUGGGAUUUUUCUCUCCCUUCGGCUGGCUUACAAGGUUCUGUAAGCUAGAAGAGUUUCAGAGCGAGAUCACCCUGCACCUUCUCACUGGCUUUUCUGCAGUUUUCAGACAGCUCAAAAUGGCCUGUCCACUGCUCAGGAGCCUUCACGUAAAUGGGUCCAGUCAUGCCUCCCAGUAAGAAGCCAGAAAGCCCAGGAAUUAGUGUCUCCAGUGGGCUGAGUCAGUGCUACCGGGGCAGCGGUUUCUCCAAGGCCCUUCAGGAAGACGAUGACCUCGACUUUUCUCUGCCUGACAUCAGAUUAGAGGAGGGGGCCAUGGAAGAUGAAGAGCUGACCAACCUGAACUGGCUGCAUGAGAGCAAGAACUUGCUGAAGAGCUUUGGGGAGUCGGUCCUUAGGAGCGUCAGCCCUGUCCAGGACCUGGACGAUGACACCCCUCCGUCCCCCGCCCACUCUGACAUGCCCUAUGAUGCCAGGCAGAACCCCAACUGCAAACCGCCCUAUUCCUUUAGCUGCCUCAUAUUUAUGGCCAUCGAAGACUCUCCAACCAAGCGCCUGCCAGUAAAGGAUAUCUACAACUGGAUCUUGGAACAUUUUCCAUAUUUUGCAAACGCACCUACUGGGUGGAAAAACUCAGUGAGACAUAAUUUGUCAUUGAAUAAGUGUUUUAAGAAAGUGGACAAAGAGAGGAGUCAGAGUAUUGGGAAAGGGUCAUUGUGGUGCAUAGACCCAGAGUAUAGACAAAAUCUAAUUCAGGCUUUGAAAAAGACACCUUAUCACCCACACCCACACGUGUUCAAUACACCUCCCGCCUCUCCUCAGGCAUAUCAAAGCACAUCAGGUCCACCCAUCUGGCCAGGCAGUACCUUCUUCAAGAGAAAUGGAGCCCUUCUGCAAGAUCCUGACAUUGAUGCUGCCAGUGCCAUGAUGCUUUUGAAUACUCCCCCUGAGAUACAAGCAGGUUUUUCUCCAGGAGUGAUACAAAACGGAGCACGGGUUCUGAGCCGAGGGCUGUUUCCCGGAGUCCGGCCAUUGCCAAUCACUCCCAUUGGAAUGACGGCAGCCGUGAGGAACGGCCUCACCAGCUGCCGGAUGCGGACUGAGAGCGAGCCAUCGUGCGGCUCCCCGGUGGUCAGCGGAGACCCCAAGGAGGAUCACAACUAUAGCAGUGCCAAAUCCUCCAACGCCAGGAGCACCUCGCCCGCCAGCGACUCGGUCUCCUCCUCCUCGGCCGACGACCACUACGAGUUUGCCACCAAGGGGAGCCAGGAGGGCAGCGAGGGCAGCGAGGGAAGCUUCCAGAGCCACGAGAGCCACAGCGAGACGGAGGAGGACGACAGGAAACACAGCCCCAAGGAGGCCAAGGAUGCUCUAGGGGACAGCGGCUAUGCGUCCCAGCACAAGAAGCGCCAACACUUCGCCAAGGCGAGGAAGGUCCCCAGCGACACGCUGCCCCUCAAAAAGAGACGCACGGAGAAGCCCCCCGAGAGUGAUGACGAGGAGAUGAAAGAGGCAGCGGGGUCGCUCCUGCACUUGGCAGGGAUUCGGUCCUGUUUGAAUAACAUCACCAAUCGGACGGCAAAGGGGCAGAAAGAGCAAAAGGAAACCACAAAAAAUUAAAAACAAGUCACCGAUUUGUUUUGAACUUACAGCCAUUUGGUUUCAGCAUGUCAGGAGAUUUCUAAUGAUUUGUGGCAAUAUCAGCAAUUUAUUAUUUUUUUCUUUUUUUUGGUUUGAUUUUCUUUGUUUUCUUUCCUUUUUUGUUUUUUUUUUUGUUUUUAAUUUGCCCCCCUCCUUUGUUUUGGACCCUGAAGAAUUUUAUUUUUAAAGGAGAUUGAAGCCAUAGAACUCAUAUUGACACUCAGCUGUUUUACAAAAGCUUUUCAUUAUCUGAAGACAAAACCGAAAAAGCCAAAAUGACCAUUGCUUCCUCCAGCUUGUCAGAAACACGUGGCUGAGUCCGCAGGGAUGUCAACAGUAAUGCCACGGGAUACACACUCAGCACCCAGAAGGCAUGUGUGCAAAGUAACCAUCCAUCAGGCCCAACCCUUAGGUUUAAGAGGUCAGGAUGUCCACCCGGUUGGGUUCACUGAGUGAAUGUGCAUAAGGCAAUUGGCAAGAAGGAAGAACCCCUCAUCUCCCUAGGAGCAGACCUAAGCUUGUGGCCCCAGGCAUCGAAUAGUGCCAGGAAAACCCUUGGCGUUGCCACACAGCAUGCAAGGGGGUUUGGUCUCCAGUCCUCUGAGCUUCUUAACCGUGAAGUCUAGUAAUAUCUUACGAAGUGGACGCUUGACCAUUCAUAUACACCAGGUGUUAAUGACUAAUGAGAAGAAAUGGGGUCAGUUUUUAGUGAUGUUGCUAAUCAUUGAAUUCUGUUCUAUAUUAAAUUAAGAGACUGUUCCACAAGCCAUAAGCCUGAAGGUUGGCCCUGCACACACACACACAAACACACACACACACAUACACACACAGGAGAGAGAGAGAGAAAACUGAUACAGAAAACAAGCUAUGUCUUCUUCACUGCCCAAGUGAUUAUCAAAUUCAAAGAAUCACAGUAGCUGUUAAGGAAGGAAAUAAUGGUACACAUCUUUUUCUGUCUGUCAAAACGAUUUGAUCCAAAUGAAAACAAAAACAAAAUGCUACAGAACCUGCCAUUAGUAUUGCAAUGUAUUUUUAAAAGAUAAAAGGCACAUUGAUGGACAAAAAAAAAUUAAAAUAUAACAAAAAAGGAAAAAAAAAUAAAACUCCUAUACUGCCCUCAAAAUGGAGUUUGCAAUUAAUGUCAGUCAGGAUUCAUCUUUGCAAAAAUCAAUGAUUUCCACAUUCAGCCAGUGUAGCCAGCAGAAAUUUCUGAUCCACAAUGCAUGGAUUCCUUUGAAAAAAGAAAAAAAGAAAAAAAAAAUCACAAAAACACAAACUUUUUUUUAUUCAAAAAUAACAAAGUUCUUGUAAGGUAAAUAAUGUAUUUAGCAUGAAGCAUGAAUUAUUUUCAUAUAAAUAUAGAAAAUAGAGAAAAGGCUAUGCCUCUAAUUUUUAAGCCCUUAGGCUUAGAGGUU